AUGACUGAAGAAGCAAGAGAAAAGGAAGUUGAAAACUGGAGAAAUAUAUUUCAAAAAUUGAAUUAGGAUUAAAAUAAGUUGUAUAAUGAAAAAUUGGAAUCAAACAAUAAAUUAGCCAGUUAAGAAUUGGAAAUAGAAAUAUAGAAAAGGAAGUUUACAUCAAAAGAAAGUGAAUUGAAUUUAAUUAGGAAUAAUAUCAGUUAAUUGAAUGUUGAAAUAGAACGUUUAAGGAAAAGUAAUGAUAAUUUAUUAAAAGUAAGAAGUAUACUAUUUCUAGAAUAAUGAAGGUUGGAGAGAAAAGUAAUCUAGGUUUUAGUAAUAAAUCCCAUCUAUGUUAUAGUUGAUUCCAUCCAUAAUUAGUGGAAAUAGUUUUACAAAAUCUGAGAAGCCUUAAUAAUAAUGA